AUGCUGAGGGCACUGGGAGGUUGGGUGACGUUGGUCCCGCGGCUGAUCCUGCACUAUGUGAAACAGCUGUGGUCCCACCGGCGUUACCCUCCUGGACCGGUUCCUCUUCCUUUCAUUGGAGGCCUCUGGCGGCUCGGAUUCUGGCUUACUCGGGAUACUUUCACUAAGCUGAAUAAGCAUUAUGGAGAAGUUUACACCUUAUGGAUUGGACACCUACCUGUCGUGUUCUUGUCCGGCUUCCAAGCAGUGAAAGAAGGCCUGAUCACCCAUUCAGAAGACUUAGCAGACCGACCAACAACUCCCUUCCUUGAAGCUGCAUUAAAACAUAGAGGUAUUAUGUUUUCCAACGGCCACACCUGGAAGCAGCAGAGACGGUUCGGUUUGGUUACUCUGCGGAAGCUGGGACUGGGGAAGAAAGGUAUGGAGCGCCAAAUAGAAGAGGAAGCCCAGCAGCUGGUGGAGACUUUCGCACGUGCAAAGGGGCAGCCAUUUGAUCCUUCACGACCUAUCAUGAAAGCGGUCUCCAAUGUCAUAUGUGCUUUGGCUUUUGGGCACCAGUUUUCUACCGAAGACAAAAACAUGAAGAAACUGUUGGAAACGCUUGAGCUCGGCUUAAACUUUGGAGGAAGCCUCUUUCAUGUUCUCUAUGAACUGUUCCCACGGCUCAUGAAACAUCUGCCUGGCCCCCACAAAAAGGCGCUGUCUGCCCUAGAGAUGGUGCUUUCACUUGUAAAGAAGGAGGUAGAGGAGCAUAGAAAGCACCAGUCCCUGCAUGAACCACAGGAUUUCAUUGACUUCUACCUCCUUCAGAUGGAGAAAAGUAAAGAUGACCCUGAUACGACCUAUGACGAAGAGAACCUGGCUGAGUGUAUUAUUGAGUUUUUCGGUGCGGGCACAGAGACGACAACCACGACCCUAAAGUGGGCAUUGCUCCUGAUGGCAACCCAUCCAGACAUCCAAGAGACUGUCCAGAAGGAAAUAGACGAUGCCUUCGAUUCCUCUUACUCAAUCUCCUAUCAAGAUCGGAAGAAACUGCCUUACACCAAUGCUGUGAUUCACGAGGUUCAGCGUGCCAAAUACGUCUUCUUACUGGGGGUCCCCAGGCAAAAUAUGAAAGAUAUAAACCUACUUGGUUCAUUGAUUCCCAAGGGAAGUUUUAUUAUGCCUGAUCUGCGCUCCGUUCUUGUUGAUCCCAAGCAAUGGGACACCCCAGAAGAGUUCAAUCCACAUCAUUUUUUGGACACGGAUGGACAUUUUAUCGAUAGAGAAGAGUUCCUUGCAUUUGGCGCAGGAUCUCGGGUGUGUCUCGGGGAGCAACUGGCACGGAUAGAAAUAUUCAUCUUCUUCACCAGCUUGCUGAGAUCUUUCAGCUUCCAGCUACCAAAAGGAGUGAAAAAAAUCAGGACAGAGCCUGUGGUUUGGUUGACGAUGCACCCCCAUCCUUAUAAGCUGUGUGCUGUUCCCCGCAAUGGCUCUUCAUUGACUAUG